AUGAAUAGAUUUUUUUAUUAUUUAAUUUUGAUUAUUAUUGCUCCUUUGUUGAGCGUCGUUGAAGCGAAUAUAGAAAAAGAAACACUGACGUCAACUUCUGAUGUCGUGCCGGUUAAUAUAAUUAAUGGAAUUGAGGAAUGGGCCAAGAAACACGCUUUAGUGACUCUCCGACCACCAUAUGCAAUACAACGCUAUGAAAUGAUAGUCCCUUUCCCGAAUGCAGAGAUAUCCUCGGUUUUGCAAUCUGGCGAUAAGGAACGAUGGUAUAUACUUGACGAAUUAGAUCAAAGACACACAUAUGAAGCUAGGAUCUCGUAUGCUGCAUCUUCACCAACAGAGUUUGUUAUGGAUAUAUUAGGGAUAGAAGAAACAGCAGCUAUCCUAAAAGAACGAGGCGUAUUGGAGGAACUGGCAGAUCAUAAAGACGCAAAAGUUAACACGACGAGGCGAGUUCUUCGUGUGAGAGCAAUCUAUGCUGGAGUAUCAAUAGUUCCGGGGCGAGAAUCACAGGCAAUAAAAUACAACAUUGUGCUUGAAACUUUAACAUAUGGCAUCCCAUAUGUAGCGAUUAAGUUGGUUAUCGUCCUUGUAGCUAUUAUCGGUGUCAGUCUAUUUUUGAUCGUCCCUAGUGUGUGGAAAGUACUACAAACCAUUCGAGAACUCGAAGAGGUUAAUCAGAAGCUUGAAUAA